UCGCCCCGCAGCCCAGCCGAGCCGUGCCGAGCCGAACGGCGGCGAGCCCAGCUCCGCUCCCCGGUGAUGCGCAGCGGCCGCGCCGCCUGACCCUCCUGCCCGCUGCCAUGGCGGCCCCGACCCCCGGAGGGGCGGCGGGGGUCCCGGCGGGGCUGCGGGCCGCCGCCUGGCUGCUGGUGUGCGCCGUGCUGUGCCGGGGCCGCGCCGCCGCCUGCCCGCCGCUGUGCGCCUGCAGCGGCACCACGGUGGACUGCCACGGCUCGGCCCUGCGUGCCGUGCCCCGCAGCAUCCCCCGCGGCACCGAGCGCCUGGAACUCAAUGGCAACAACAUAACGCGGAUCAACAAGAAUGACUUUGCUGGCCUGAAGCAGCUCCGCGUCCUGCAGCUGAUGGAAAACCAGAUCAGCACAGUGGAGCGUGGAGCGUUCGAUGACUUGAAGGAGCUUGAGCGCCUACGGCUGAACCGCAACCAGCUGCACACCCUGCCUGAGCUCCUCUUCCAGAACAAUCAGGCGCUCUCACGGCUGGAUCUGAGUGAGAACUUCAUCCAGGCCAUCCCCAGGAAAGCGUUUCGUGGAGCCACCGACCUCAAGAACCUGCAACUGGACAAGAAUCAGAUCAGCUGCAUCGAGGAUGGAGCUUUCCGUGCCUUGCGGGGGCUAGAGGUCCUGACCCUGAAUAACAACAAUAUCACUUCUAUCCCCGUGUCCAGCUUCAACCACAUGCCCAAGCUGCGGACGUUCCGCCUGCACUCCAACCAUCUCUUCUGCGACUGCCACCUGGCCUGGCUUUCGCAGUGGCUGCGCCAGCGUCCCACCAUCGGGCUCUUCACGCAGUGCUCUGCUCCUGCCCAGCUCCGUGGCCUCAAUGUGGCUGAGAUCCAGAAGAAUGAGUUCAGCUGCUCUGGACAAACGGACCCAGCACGUGCCCAACUCUGCAGCUUGUCCUCUGGCUCCUGCCCAGCCAUGUGCACUUGCAGCAAUGGCAUCGUGGACUGUCGGGGCAAGGGGCUGACUGCUAUCCCCGCCAACCUGCCUGAGACCAUGACAGAGAUACGUCUGGAACUCAAUGGCAUCAAGUCCAUCCCUCCAGGUGCCUUCUCCCCCUACAAGAAGCUGCGGAGGAUAGACCUGAGCAACAACCAGAUCUCGGAGAUCGCCCCUGACGCCUUCCAGGGGCUGCGCUCGCUGAACUCGCUGGUGCUGUAUGGCAACAAGAUCACGGACCUCCCCAAGGGUGUCUUCGGAGGACUUUUUGCCUUGCAGCUGCUGCUUCUUAAUGCCAACAAGAUCAACUGUGUACGGGCGGACACCUUCCAGGACCUGCAGAACCUCUCACUGCUCUCACUCUAUGACAACAAAAUCCAGAGCCUGGCCAAGGGCACCUUCACCUCCCUGCGGGCCAUCCAGACCCUGCACCUGGCCCAGAACCCCUUUAUCUGCGACUGCAACCUGAAGUGGCUGGCAGAUUUCCUCCGUGCCAAUCCCGUGGAGACCAGUGGUGCCCGCUGUGCCAGCCCCCGCCGCCUGGCCAACAAGCGCAUCGGCCAGAUCAAGAGCAAGAAGUUUCGCUGCUCGGCCAAAGAGCAGUAUUUCAUCCCAGGGACAGAGGAUUACCAGCUGAACAGUGAGUGCAACAGUGACGUGAUCUGCCCCCCAAAGUGCCGCUGUGAAUCAGGUGUGGUCGAGUGCUCCAACCUGAAACUCACCAAGAUCCCGGAUCGCAUCCCGCAGUCCACGGCUGAGCUGCGCCUGAACAACAAUGAAAUAUCUAUCCUGGAGGCUACUGGCAUCUUCAAGAAACUCCCACAUCUGAAGAAAAUCAACCUCAGCAACAACAAGGUAUCAGAGAUUGAGGAUGGGGCAUUCGAGGGGGCAUCCUCUGUGAAUGAGCUGCACCUCACUGUCAACCAGCUGGAGUCUGUGCGGAGUGGCAUGUUCAGGGGCCUGGAUGGGCUGAGGACACUGAUGCUGAGGAACAACCGCAUCAGCUGCAUCCACAACGACAGCUUCACUGGGCUGCGCAAUGUCCGCCUGCUCUCCCUGUACGACAACCAGAUCAGCACCAUUGCUCCGGGAGCCUUUGACACGCUGCAGUCCCUCUCCACACUGAACCUGCUCGCCAACCCUUUCAACUGCAACUGCCAGCUGGCCUGGCUGGGGGACUGGCUGCGCAAGAGGAAGAUCGUGACAGGGAACCCUCGGUGCCAAAACCCCGACUUCCUCCGGCAGAUCCCUCUCCAAGACGUGGCUUUCCCUGACUUCAGGUGUGAGGAAGGUAAGGAGGAGACCACCUGCAUCCCUCGGCCCCAGUGCCCACAAGAGUGCACCUGCCUUGACACCGUUGUCCGCUGCAGCAACAAGCAUCUCAAGGCCCUGCCCAAGGGGAUCCCCAAGAACGUCACAGAGCUCUACCUGGAUGGGAACCAGUUCACUCAGGUCCCAGGGCAGCUCUCUACCUUCAAGUACCUGCAGCUUGUUGAUCUGAGCAACAACAAGAUCAGCUCCCUGAGCAACUCCUCCUUCACCAACAUGAGCCAGCUCACCACCCUGAUCCUCAGCUACAACUCCCUGCAGUGCAUCCCUCCUCAGGCCUUCGAGGGCCUCCGUUCCCUCCGGCUGCUGUCUCUCCAUGGCAAUGACAUCUCCAGCCUUCCUGAGGGCAUCUUUGCAGAUGUCACCUCCUUGUCCCACCUAGCCAUUGGGGCCAACCCCCUGUACUGCAGCUGCAACCUGCGCUGGCUCUCCAGCUGGGUCAAGACGGGGUACAAGGAGCCAGGCAUCGCCCGCUGCGCUGGGCCCCCCGAGAUGGAAGGCAAACUGCUGCUCACCACCCCUGCCAAGAAGUUUGAGUGCCAAGGCCCACCCUCCCUGAGUGUCCAGGCCAAGUGCAACCCCUGCCUCUCCAGCCCCUGCCAGAACCAGGGCACCUGCCACAACGACCCCCUCAGCUUCUACCGCUGCACCUGCCCCAGUGGCUACAAGGGCAGGGACUGUGAGGUGGCAGUCAGUGGCUGUUCCUCCAACCCUUGUGCCAAUGGAGGGACCUGCCAGCCUCAGGAGGGGGAAGGAGCCGGGUUCAGGUGCCUGUGCCCAGCGGGCUUCGAAGGCCUGAGCUGCAGCGCCACCAGCAACCCCUGCAAGGAGCACGUCUGUGAGAACGGGGGCUCCUGUGUGCCCAGUGCCACCAACUACACCUGCCUCUGUCCUGCCCACUACACAGGGGAAUUCUGUGAGCAGCCACCCGAUUUCUGCUCAUCUGAGCUCAACCCAUGCCAGCAUGACUCCACAUGCAUCUCUACCAGCCAGGGGCCCAGGUGUGUGUGUGCUCCUGGCUACGUGGGGAGCAACUGCAGCGAGGACUUCGAUGACUGCCAAGACCAUCGGUGCCAGAACAAUGCCCGCUGCCUGGACGAGGUGAACGGCUACUCCUGCCUCUGCACCGAGGGCUACAGUGGCCAGCUCUGCGAGAUGCCGCCCCACACCGCUGGCCAGUCUGGUCUCUGCGAGCGAGCCGAGUGCCAAAACGGGGCCCCGUGUGUGGAGCGUGGUGCCCGCGCCCUUUGCCAGUGCCUGCCCGGCUUCGGUGGCCCCAAGUGUGAGAAGCUGCUGAGCGUCAACUUUGUGGACCGUGACACGUACCUGCAGUUCACUGACCUGCAGGACUGGCCACGGGCCAAUAUCACCCUUCAGGUGAGGGCAGGGGAGAUGUGGGGAUAUUGGGGGGGUUGGCACUGGGAAUGCUGCCCCAGGGAUGUGGGCUCCCACCUCUCCCUGUGGCAGGUCUCCACAGCUGAAGGCAAUGGCAUCCUGCUGUACAACGGUGACAGUGACCACAUGGCUGUGGAGCUGUACCAGGGCCACGUCCGGGUCAGCUAUGACCCUGGCACCCACCCCAGCUCAGCCAUCUACAGUGCUGAGACCAUCAACGAUGGGCAGUUCCACACCGUGGAGCUGGUGACCUUCGACCAGAUGGUGAACCUCUCCAUUGAUGGUGGCAGCCCCAUGACCAUGGACAACUCAGGGAAGCACUACACGCUGAACAGUGAGGCUCCUCUCUAUGUGGGAGGCAUGCCUGUGGAUGUCAACUCGGCUGCCUUCCGCCUCUGGCAGCUCCUCAAUGGCACCAGCUUCCAUGGAUGCAUCCGCAACCUCUACAUCAACAACGAGCUGCAGGACUUCACCAAGACGCGGAUGACGCCAGGGGUGGUGCCGGGCUGUGAGCCCUGCCGCAAGCUCUACUGCCUGCACGGCAUCUGCCAGCCCGCCGGCGCCCAGGGCCCCGUCUGCCACUGUGAGGCCGGCUGGGACGGGCCCCACUGCGACCAGCCCCGUGGUGGCCCCUGCCAGGGGCACAAGUGCGUGCAUGGGCUGUGCCUGCCCCUCGACACCCUCUCCUACAGCUGCCAGUGCCAGGAGGGCUACCAGGGCGCCCUCUGCAACCAGCCUGCUGAGCCACCUGACCCCUGCCACCACCAACCCUGUGUCCAUGGCCACUGCCACCUCACCCCAGGUGGCCAGCCCACCUGCGAGUGCCACGAUGGCUACACCGGAGCCCUCUGUGACCAAGAGCCGGAAUGCCGCGGGGAGCCAGUGCGGGACUACCACCAGGUGCAGCGGGGCUAUGCCAUCUGCCAGACAACACGGCCGGUGGCCUGGGUGGAAUGCCGGGGGACCUGCGGCGGCCCUGACGCCGGGUGCUGCACUGGACUGCGGCUCCGGCGCAGGAAAUACGCCUUCGAGUGCAGCAACGGUGCAACCUUCGUGGAGGAGGUGGAGAAGCCCAGCAAGUGCGGCUGCAGCCAGUGCCUGUGAGCAGCCACCGGCCCUGCAGAGCUGGGGGGCUGCCAGGGAGACCCCCCAGAGCCAAGGACCUCACUUUGCCCUGUGGGCAUGGUGCUGCUCUCUGGGUGUUCCGAACUGCAGCUGCAUCCAAGGAGCCCGGCAGAGGGUAGAGCUGGUGCAUCUAGAAGGUUGGGAAAGAAAAAGGAAAAAAAAAAAACCGAAAAGGAAAAAAAACGAAAAGAAAAAAAAAAAAAACACAAACAAAGCAAAUGUGUAGAUAGAGAAUUUUUUUAAGAAUUGCAGCUACACAGAUGUGUGGAUACAGCAUGGGCACCCUGCCCACCUGCCCCUGUCCUCUCCCUGCGGCACUCUGCCUCCCUGCCAGCACAGCCCUGCAGCCAUGGAGGGCAGUGCCUGCAUCCCCUGCGUGUUCCCUCCCUGGCAGCCCUGUCCCUUGCAUCCAGCCCAGCAAUCCGAGGGCUUUUCCAACACCUGGAACUGGAGGAAAGGGGCCUAAUAUGGCAGAACGGUGUGAACCAUGGCAAACUGUGACUCGCAGAGAGCUGCAUGGUGUAGGCAGCAUCCUGCAGUCCUGGUGAGCCUUCCUUUCCUCCAGCAGCCCUGGUCUCCCUGCUAAGGACCUGCUGUUGCCCUGACAGCAGCUGCAGCAAGCAGUUCCCUGGUGUGGUGACCAGGGUGCUGGAGCCCAGAGUGCCCCAAAUAAUGUCACAAGCUCCAUGGCCACAGCCUGACCAUCUGAUGGCACUCCUGGUCUGUGCAUGCCAGCUGGGCUCAGCAGGGCACAGGGCGUGCACGGGUCCAGCCCGCUCUGGUCACGUCUGGGCCACACUGGUGGAGCAGGACCAGGCACACUGAGUGGGGGACAGGCAGCAGUGUGCAAAUGUUACUGGGGAGGGAAGGUGUUCCCAGUGCCAACCUGCUCUGUGCCAUGGGGACCAGCACUGUACCAUUCAUGUGGAGAAGGCCCCAAAUAUCCCUGGCCCAGCCAGAGGGUUCUGCUCAGAGGUGGGAGCCAUAUGAGGCACCACAGGAGUCCCUUUCUUCCAGGCUCUGCCCUGGGGGAGUGGGCCUGCAGCUGGGCAAAGGUGCCCCAUGUUCCACUGACCCAGCCAGCAGGAGCAGGAGGCUGCUGGGACAACCAGAGUACAGGUUUGUUACAUUCAUCACCGGUGCCUCAACUUUGUGGGUGCCAGGGCCAGUUGAAGAGACUGAUGUCCAAGCCUGCAAACCUAGAGCCAACACCACUGCCAGGGCAGGACCCACCAGCUCUUGGACUCAAGGAUCCAUGUCUGGACAACACCUCUCCAAAGCCCACAGUGUCAGGGGAUAUGCUGGGCUGGAGUGGGAGCAGAGGCACACAGGGAACUCAUGCUGGGGCACUGCACCCACCCAACAUCCACAACAGUGUCACCUGUCUGACUGUGGGGGCCAAGGGUGGUGGGUCCUGACCUGGGACACUGCACGUGGCUGGACAGUGAAACUCCACAUCACCCAGAUGGACAGACUUAUCCCAGGGCUGCAGCCCUGCACCCCUCUGCACCGCUCCAGCAUUUUGGCUUCAGGUCCACACUGCCAGCUGCAGCCGGGCUCCGGUUAUCUCCAUCGGAUACACUCGGCUCUAUCGGUGCUCUCACCAUCCCUCCUCACCACUGGUAUCCAGGACGUUCCCACCACCACGGGGAUAUGUUUCUCCACCAGUGCCCUCUCCAUGGGAGCUCCUCUGCCGCACAGAGGAGCCGGGACGCGUCUCAUUUUGCCUGUGGCCCGGCUGGGGCUUGGUUGUGUUGUGUUUCUGUUCUUGCUGUACGCUAACCGCUAAAGUAUCUCUUUAUACAGAAUACUUACAGAUUCUAAUAUAUAUUUGUAUUUCAUUUUGUUAUAGUAUUUUUAUAUGUUUGGGGUCAACAAAUGAUGUUUUCUUUUUGUUUACAGAUGCUACUGGGCAGGAAAAUGACGGUGGCUUUGUUUGGCCCGUGGGGUUUGUGUGUGUCACUAUUGAAGACGCUGGUUUGUACUAGGCUGGCGAGGGAGGCGCUGGGCAUCCUUCCGCUGGCAGAGGCUGUAUUGUUUUAGGAGAUGUUUGGUAUUGUCUAUGUUGUCUUCCAUGUGAACAUGACAUUUAUUCAUUCAGA